AUUAGGCUCCUCGUGACCAGAGUGGAUUCCUCCUCUGUCCUGCAGGUCCAGAAGGAUCAAGUUGUUCCUGUCUACAUCAUCAACGUCCUCCUUUCUGACCUGAUUCAGCUCUGCUGCAUGGUGGUUGAAGUGUCGCUUCAGCCGCUCAACUCCGACCUCUUCUUCUUCGUCUACUACUUCGGUGUGGUGGCCGGCGUGGGCUUCAUGGUGUGCGUGGCUCUGGAGAGGUACCUGGUGGUGGCCUGGCCGCUGUGGUACCGCUUCAGACGAACGCUGGGCGUCUCGCUGGCGGUCUCUGCCGUGGUCUGGACUCUUCCUCUGCUCUACAUCCUCCCUGUGCAUUUCCAGGCGGACUUUGUCGUCAGUGAAACCAUUCUGGCCGUGGUCUUCCUGCUGCCCUACCCGCUGCUCCUGUUCUUCCUCGGCGGGACCCUCAGAGCCUUGUACACCUCCAUCAGCGUCCCUGCUGCUGAAAAGCGGAGGAUUGUGGCGGUUCUGGUUCUGGUGGUGCUCAUUUACACGCUGAUUUUCCUGCCCAGUGCCAUUUGGUCGCUGGCAGAAGAUGCCAGAAGUAACAACACCUUCAGCGACAAACAAUAUAAAACGAAUAUAAAACUAACUAUGUCAUUUACAAUAAGGACAUGAGCUUCGUGUCAAUCACUAAAAACCUGUAAAGGCGUUUCAGCAGGUUUUGUGUGUGUGUGUGUGUGUGUGUGUGUGUGUGUGUGUGUGUGUGUGUGUGUGUGUGUGUGUGUGUGUGGUGUGUGUGUUUGUGUGUGUGUGUGCGUGCGUGUGUGUUUGUACGUGUAUAUAUAUAUAGUUAGAGGAAGAUGUGAAGUAAAUAACACUGGUCACACUUCGCUGAAACCCUUCACAUGCUCACGGCUCUUUCAUUAAAGCCUGAACCUUCAUCCUGAGGCUCCUUCCUUUGUGUCCAUCUUCUUCAGGGCUGAUACUGUGUUCCUCACCACCAGGACUUGGAUGGAUUAAAAGGAGGCAGAGGAGCUUUGCAGGAAGAAACGAGGCCCUUCCUGUUCACCUGCCACGUCAUCGUGUGAGAGGGAUAAAAGCAAGAAGAUAUAAAACACAGGCGCUUUCAGGUUGAGAUCGUCCCUCGCGGCUUUAGAGGAAGGACAUUCACUCUGUGCUGCUUCAGCUUCCAAAGCAACUCCAUGGAGUACAAUGAUUAUCAUUACCACAGCUUGGUAUGGGAGUAUGAGCGUCUUGUCAGAGAUGCAAAGUGGUUGCUGUGGGUAAUCGGUAUCAUCAGCCUCCCGGUGAACGGAGCGGUCAUCUUCGCUACGUUUUCUCAGGUGCAGAGGGACGUGACUCGGAUCUAUGUCAUGAACCUUCUGGUCUCUGACCUCCUGCAGCUCUGCUCUAUGAUGGCUUCAUUAACAAUCGGUCCUCCUAUGGGAUGGUAUGAUAGUAUUAUAGUUUUCAUCUACGUCUUUGGUCUGAUGGUCAGCGCUGGCUUCAGGACAUGCCUCGCUUUGGAAAGGUGUUCAGUGGUCUUGAGCCCACGAGUCUCCUGCUUCAGACAGUCUAUUAAAGUCUGUGCCGUGGUUUCCUUCUUUCUGUGGUUGGUUCCUCUUUGCGUCUUUUUGCGUCUUCAUCUUGUUGUAUUUGGACGAGUACCAAUUGUCCAUCUCAUCUACCUCUUCCUUCCAUGUCCCUUCCUCAUCUCCACUCUUGUUAUAUCCCUUAGAUCUCUGUGUGUAAACAGUAGCGUUAAUCUCAGUCUAAAGCACAGAGUCGUGGGCAGUGUGGUUCUGCUGGUGCUUAUUCACAUGUUGCUUAUUAUUCCCUCUCUGAUUGUAUGGCUGUCAGGAGGUACAGGAAACUAUAUACUGGAUCAUGUGGUAGGUGUUUUUUUCGGGCUGGGUCCACUUGCAGACACGUUUCUGUAUUUCUUCCUGACUAAAAGAGACACAGACAAUAACUUAGGUAACAGUGUGAACAGGCCAGUGAUAAACGAUGAGAGCAGCCACAUCAACAGCUCUGUGUAGUCAAAGAAGAAACCAGAGUUUCAGUAAGAGCAGGUGAAGUAGUACAUAUUAUACUGCAGUGAACUAUAUAUACUAUAUAACUUUACUAUAAUAAACAUUCUCUAGUUAAUAAUCAUUGGGUACAUUUUUAUUGGCAUGUUUUUUUAUAUAACACAUUGUAUGUAUGUGAUCAUUUAUUUCCUCCUGUUUCAAUAAAAAAAUAAUUUCAAGA